UAUUUCAUUUCAGAUAUCAUUUAGACUGACAUGAGGCCAUCAACAUUUGACAGCAUCGGCUUUGCAGUUUUUGUAAACAUGUUCCCUUUCAAAUUCCCAUUCCCUUGCCCAAGGCUCGCCAAUUCACAUUGGAAGAGUGUUGCAAAACCACCUGGCAAGAAGAUUUUCUCUCCCCGACUGCAGUUCAGCACCAGUUUGUGAAGUUUUAUGGCUGUCACACUGCUCCAUCGCAUAGUACAAUUUAUGCUUCAGGUUGUUGUGCAUCAUAAUCUUCUGCUUUGAACUACCUGAAGUCAGUACAGGACAAGAAUGCAGGCUGCCAUGAGGACCGGCAUGCCACAGAGGGUUGUGCUGCUCGUACUCCUCUUUGUCUCUGAUGUCUGCACCAAAAAGCUUCUCCAAGGCUCCAGCAAUGACGAUCAUGAUGAUGGCAAGGAUGGGGCGUCCUGGUCGGAGAGUUUCCCGAGGGCACGGUGCAUGUCCCGCUGCUUGAGUUUGCACAAUGCGCCAACACUGCAGAACAAUGGAUCACUAUCUUGGUGUCAUAGUCAUAGAGUGUGUGCAAAGUGCCUGGAGCCCUGUAGAGAUUCCUGGUCCAAUGAAAGGAAGAGCAACUGUAAAGAGUUCUGUGAGAAAUUGUUUCCUCUGAACCACUGGGAAUGUGUGGCGAGCUGUGAGUUCCUUCAGACACUGUUGGAAGUGAAACAAGGUGGUUGCCCGCCUCCGAACCAAGCCAGUGGCUUUGCAGCCGCCUGUGUAGACAGCUGUGAUCACGACACAGAAUGUCCAGCUCAAAAGAAAUGCUGCUCCAAUGACUGCGGUCACACAUGCCAGUCUCCACAAGACCUUUACAAGGGGGUUCCUUUAAAACCGAGGAACGAGCUGGACUUUGAGGAGGUGCCCCCUGGUCAUCUGGAGGUGUACUGGUUCUCCAAGUUCAAUAUCUCCGCUGAGCCUGUGGUCUACAUCCUGCAGACAAGAUGGAACUUUGGCAUUCAACCCAGUGAUGAUGCUGCCAUUUCCUGGCAUGUGGUUUCACAGACCACAGAACAGAGAGCCCGAUUGUACGACAUCCGACCGGGCCGCUGGUACCAGUUCAGAGUCGCAGCUGUCAAUACUCACGGAACCAGAGGUUUCACCACUCCGAGUCGACACAUUCAAUCCAGCAGAGACCCCCGUCGCCCUCCCGCACCAACUGAGCUGAGAGCGACCAACAUAACGUUUGCCACGGGCCAGGCGGUGUGGGUCCAACUACAGUGGCACAUGCUUGAAGACCUCGAUGUUCCUGUUCACCACUACAAGGUUAGCUGGACUUGGACUGCUAUUGGUCAACCCAUCGCUUACUCUUUGACCAAGAGGAGGAAGCUAGUAAGAGAGAUGCAGGUGGUGCUAGAUGGCAUGCGGUCCGGUCGGACGUAUAGUGUGGAAGUCCAGCCUGUGUCCUACUGGAAACAAAGCCAGCUGAAAGGACCCCGGGCCAUUGUACACUUCAGCACACAUCUUAACACCAGUGCAACACCAAUAUCCUCUGCGGCUGACAUCCUGCAUGUGGGGACACCCUUCUAUCAAAAUGGACAGCUACAGGUUCACAUUUACUGGCAGAGCAGCACAGACCCUUCAGUUGAGUACUACAAAAUCCAGUGGGAACCAGAGUAUUGCGAGCACAAGCAAAACACACUCAGAGAGAAGACCAGUACAAAGGAGACCUUCACCAGCCUGCAGGAUUUGCUCUUCUCCUGUAAGUACAAAGUCCUACUACAGCCUGUCAGCAGCACCAGUAGACCGCCGGCCAAGAGCAUCUGCUUCAUUACGCCUUCCUGUUCUGCCAUACAAGCCAAGAGUCCAAAACCCAUAGCCUGUAAUGGAGAAACACGGAUUCCUCAGAAGGUUCUGAUCAAGCCAACCAACCUGACAGUUUCCUUCAAGGUACGUGGUGGUGACCUGACUGCUAUCUUUAACUGGGAUGUGUCUGCUGGCCUAUCUCAGGGUCACCUAACUGGCUACCAGGUGACCCUGGUAGAGGUCACGUCAACCAGGCGACUCAGCAAUGAGGACUUCUCCCAAUCCCAGAUCUUAACCGCGGACAGCAACAUUCUGGCAGUUUCUGACCUACACCCUGCCAGUGUCUACAGGUUGGAGGUCCGAGCUAUCACUGCAAACGGUGAAGGUCCAGCCAUCAGCAGAAUCUUCCAGACUCCAGGAUUCCAACAUGUGUUAAAGCAUAGAAAAAGUAUUGCUAAACAAGCAAGAUGAGGAACAUUAGUAUGAUUAGCCAGUCGCUCAGAGGCACUGGCCUGACAGUCAAUUGGAAUGCACAACCUUGUCUCCCUAAAUUCAAGGUGCCAUUAAACCUUGGUUGCUAACAAAGCAAAUAAACAAGAGGAAAACAACUCCAAAUGCAGAAAUGCAACAAUUACCCAAAUAACUUCUUCCUUCAACUGUUUCAAGUUUGAUAGUUUAUUUAUUUUCCUGCCGUAUCAUGUUGUCAACACUGCAUGCAAACUCCCAAUUCACCUUAGAGUGUAUUGACAAAUAAAUGGUAAAAUGGUGAAAUGAUGAUGUUCACAAUAGUUCUAUGCAGUGUAAAUUAUGUAUAUAAUGUCUGAAUUAGUUGUGUCAUACUGUAUUAUCUGUUUAGUUGUGUGUACUAGACCUGUGGAGAGCUAUUGAACAAAGAUUCAAUAUAUAAAUCCUAUGCCAUGUGUAGCGCAUGCUUUUUAGGAUUUGCCCUUUUUUUUUCUUAUUUUGCCUUAAUGAUUGUUAUGCCCGUGUCCUUUGUGCACACCAACUCAAUGCUCAGAAAUGAUUGCAACAUGUUUCAUUGGCUUGCAUGUGCACACUGUGCACCGCACAACUUUUGGGCACCAUUGAUUCUCUUGCAUCAGCCUGUUCUACUGUAGGAGGCGGAAAAUGCAUGGUGUCAGUGGCCCUUCAAAGUCACUUAGAAGUUAGUCUUCAUCCACAGGAAUCAAACGGAACACUUUUCCCCCCUCCAGCUCCUUCAAUUGAUAGCGAUAAGGUGCAUGCAUUUUCAUGAUUAAAACCUGCCACAAGCUAGUUAUCAUUUGGACAGUUUGGUGCUGCAUAUACUUAAUGCUUUGAACCAUUUAGAAGUGAAAUGAGGGCAUCAGUCCCUUUCAUUGGCGAUAAAUGCUUAUAGACCAACUCAAUUUCACGGUGGGACAAAAUAAAAAAUUGGGACAACAUUGCGGGCCAAACUCAAUAUUAAAUGAAAAAUCACUGCGAUGUGCAUGUUUCCCUUCUCUGCAGAAAUGUAGUGUUAAAGUUUCUGAGCCGCUUUUCCUCACUAGGGUCACGGUCGUGCUGGAGCCUAUCCCAGCUAUCAUCGGGCAGGAGGCAGGGUACACCCUGAACUGGUUGCCAGCCAAUCGUAGGGCAUCAUGUUACCUAUUUAAAUACAAAACAACAAAUACCACUGAUGUCUUUUGUCGCAAAUUUAACAGUCAUAAUCGUUAUGGCUUCCCUCUAUGACAACAGCGACGGCGAUUUAUUUUUGCAUUGAUAUCUGUAUUUGUAUGAAGUGCACCUACAGUAUUUCAAUAUUUCCUUUUUGGGACUACUCUACUGGCACAGGAAUAUGUUGUAAUGGGGAGACAGAAUUGUUAUUCUCUCUCCGUGUGAUGUUCGUUCACCCACGACUUUUGACUUGAGAUAAACACUCACUAGUAUGCCACUAAAAAGUGCUGCUAUUACAAUAUGCUUAAAUAAUUCGGCGAAUCAUCUCUUUGAAUUAGUGAGAAGAAGCGGCUCAGAAAAUGGAUGGAUGGAUGGAUAGGUAACAUGAAUUCUUCUGUCUUUCUAUAUCUUCUAUUUAGCUAUCUCCAAUGACCUUUCUUUUUUUAUAUAAAUCUUUUUUCAAAGGCCAACAACAAAACAACCCAAAAAAAUAAGAAUGCCCUUCAAUAAAAAGCCAAACUUCAAACUAUUAACAGGUAAUCUGCCUCCCACCUGUCUUGGAAGUUAACUGUUUUCCAUCUUUCGUUUGGUCAUUUUUGGGAAGGGGAAGUGUAAAUUUGCUCGAGGAGACUGGUAGCAUAGUUGCUAACGACUGCAACAGAAAGGGAAGGGGCGCUUGCCGGUCUAGACUGUUGGGCCAACACACUAGCAAAGCAU